GAUCCUCCCCAACAACCGCCAUACAACCAAAAUCCAUUUCCAUUCUUAUUCUUGUUAAAGUUUCUGAUCCAAGGUCUAUUCUAUCCACAUAUACACACAUAUACGCACAUAUACACACAUAUACACACAUAUACACACAUAUACACACAUUCAUGCCUAUUUGGUACUUAUACAUACAUAAGAUCGCACACUCUAUUUCAUCCAUAUUUCAACGUCCACACACCACACACCGCAUAUCCAUUCCAUUUCUUUCUUCUCUUCCUGUUUUUCAUAUCUGUUGAUUAUUUGCCCAAGAAACUACCUACACAUGCUGUACUAAUACUGCCGUCUGCUACUUGUCGCUUGUUAUCCGAUUCCUCCUGCUCUUCCACCUCGUAUCAUUCCACAUCUCCAAUUUAGAUGUCAAGUGAACGCACAGCACGACAAGCCACUUUAUUUCUCUCAACCCAGAAUCCCGUUAGGAACAGAACCAAAGUCAAUCCAGUCCAAUCCAAUCCAAUCAAUCAGCAUUCAACAUUCAACAUUCAACGUUCAAUAUCAGCAGCACUUUGACUACCAUACAUACAUAGUGUUAGAUACUACGAGAGACCAUACCACCCACCUCUCCAUACAAUCCAUACACUCCAUACAAUCCAUACACUCCCAUACACUCCAUACAUAAUCUCGUUUCCCAUACUUCCUAGCUCAUUCAUUCAAGCGUUUUUUUUUUUCCCUUUUCUUUUAUCAUCGCUUGCCCUGCAGUCAGUCCAUCAUCCUUUGUUGAACACACAGUCAAAUACACGUUCACAUAAAUACAUAUACGCAUUUUCACACUGCACAAUUGUCUGCCCUUCUCUCAUUCACCUCACGCCCUCUCCCUUUUCAAGAAGAACAAAAGUCGCGGAUCACCUUCAUCCGCGUUCUUCGAGAGAAUGUAUUCAUCGCUCCCUAGUGCGCCCUGGAACCCAACCGCUUCAAUCUCAUCACCCAUGGUACGAGAAAGGAGUGCACAAUCAAUCUCCGUCUCACCAAUCUCCCCACAACCAACGACCACCCCAACAUCGCCCACAUCAUCAUCUACCAGAGGUCGCCUCAGAGGUUUAAGUUACUUGCGAAGUUACACACAAAACCACUUAUUAUCGAGGGAGCAUCAUAAUCCAAAUUCGUCAAAUUCCUCCAAUUCCAAUAGUAAUAACCAUCCCAAUCCACCACCCACACUCUCACACACCUCAAGUUAUCCUUCGCCUUCAUCCCCCACGUCAGCGAGCGCACACCCUCACGCCUCUUCUGCAGCCUCGCCUGCAACGCCUGUAACGCCUGCAACUUCUGCAACUCCUGCAACUCCUGCAACUUCUGCAACGCCUGCAACCGAAAUUCUUCCUCGACAAAUUUCACCCACUGCGCGAAGAUCCACAAAUCCCCCCGAAUUAACAUCUGCAGGUUCGAGUAAUCAAGAAAAUCUUGGAUCGACAAGUGGGUGGUUACCGACAGUGGGAGGUCACAGCGGAGUAUCAAGAAUUGCAACUCAGCCACAACCUACUGCGACUGCCUCCUCUUCAGCUGUCUUAUCGGCCAACGAUUCAUCUGCGAUAACUUCUGGUCUUGAGGCGUCGAUGGCAAGAACCAGAUCCGCAGGAACAGGAGGGGCAGCAGACAUGCCUUUAUUAAAUGACUCGGGCGAAAACAGUUCUCAGCCAACAAGAGAAACCAUGUCGCAUCAGCUACCAUCAAUUCGUUUCUCUCCGCAUCAAGAUCCUCGAGCUCAUCGUCCAUCUCUCGUAUUUGGCACCAUGAGUCGAACCCUCCCGACAGGAAAGGAGAUUAUAAAAGUUGGUCGAUAUUCCGAAAGAGAUAAUCAACCCCCUCAUGCUACAAAUGUGCCGUCGUUUGCACCAGUUGGAUUCAAGUCAAAAGUGGUUAGCAGGCGUCAUUGUGAAUUUUGGUGCACGGGAGGGCGUUGGUUUAUAAAGGAUGUGAAAAGUUCAUCGGGCACAUUUCUCAAUCACAUACGAUUGAGUUCACCGGGAACAGAAUCAAAACCAUUCCCAGUGAACGAUGGCGAUAUAGUCCAAUUAGGUAUAGAUUUCAAAGGUGGUGAGGAAAUGAUAUUUAGAUGCGUCAAAAUACGAGUUGAACUCAACAAAGGAUGGCAAACCGGUCCUAGCAGUUUCAAUGUACAAUCCCAUAAGCGCUUACGCGAGCUCAACAACAAUCUCAAGAAGCAAGCCGCCGGUGGUUCGAGUAGUUCCUCGCAAGAUUGCUCGAUUUGUCUUGGACCCAUAGCACCCUGCCAAUCUUUAUUCGUCGCACCCUGUUCUCACACAUGGCAUUACAAAUGUAUACGAGUGGUGAUCAAUGGUCCCACUUGGCCUCAUUUUAUAUGUCCAAAUUGUCGUACAGUCGCAGAUCUCGAGGCAGAGCUUGAUGAACCAGAUGGAGAUUGGGAGGAAUUAGCCACAUCUGAUGCCGAGGCGGAGGUGGAAGCAGUAUCAGAAUCUGCAACAAAUUCAAACAAUCCCCUUGGAACCGAGCCAACGACCCAGGAAGCGAUUAUACCACAGACGAGUGAUCCCACGGCCGCUCCAACUCUACCGGAGCCGGAAACCUUUGAACCUUUGAAUAUGAAUCACAUCGAAGAUGAUCUCGACACGAGCGAUGAUUCUAGUACUGGUGCUCACGCCCACGAAUCUAGACUCGAAGAUAUAGCUUUUCUUAACGUAAGCGAUUCACAAACCAGUUCGGCGUCAGCCACACCAAUUCCUCAAACCAACCUGAAUUCUACAGUAUCACCUGUCGACAUAAUUGCAAGAAAGCCAGUCCCUAGUGCCACCUCUAUCUCUCGUUCUGAGCGCGGUUCACCAAGUCCAAAUGGUAUGCAUCCUGCAUUAACAGAUCCUCUCACGGGUGAAGGGCCAAUGACACCUAGAAAUGAUGUAGGACCAUUCAUUUUUGACGGUGGGGCGGGGUUAACAGACACAAUCAGGCUAGCCACUGGAUCUAGCAAUUUAGAUUAUAAUGAAACACCAACGACAGCUCACUCAACACCGCAUUCUGCUCUUUAGAUUUUCUCUCAAGAGGAACAAUCAAUCAGUACGAAAGGAUUUGGCCAGGGCAAAUUUUCUGCAUUUUAGCGAAGGAUUCUCUGUGGGCGAUCAUUUGAUGUCUAGUGGUUAAAUUCAUCACUUUUGUAUGGUUACGAUAAAUGAUAAUAAACGACAAAUGAUCUGGGUACAUAUUUUCGAGGGAACAAAUGAGGGGAAUAAGAAGUUAGUUUGCAUGUUGGGAUGAAUGGUGAUAGGCGUAUACUUGGGAGGAUUCAAAGUCACUUGAGAAAUGGAGUGGGGUGGAGUUAAUUGCUUCUUAUAUGAGCUGGUUGAUUGGGAAUGUGUUAUUGAUAGAGGAGAAAGGGUAGGGGGAAGCGAAUGCGCUAGAUACAUACGCACUUGCAUUUACAUUUACAUAUGCGGUUAGGAAUAGGAUCAGGAAUAGCGAAAUGGGGUGAGCCAGCGUCGAGCCAACUCGGAGGACUUGAUAGAUAUAUCUCGCUUUGUUGAGAGUAGCGGAUCAGGGAUACCUGGAAAUAUGAGAUGUUCUUAUUA